UCACAGCCCCGGAGCGGGGCUGGUAUGUGGCCUAUACGGCCCGCGGCUAACGAAGUCCUCAGAAAACGCGCUGGCCCUCCGUGGCCCUCUGGCGGCCGUCGCACGCUGUGCACGACUCGCCACUUGAAACGCGUUGUGCUUCAUCAGCUCGACGAACAGAAGCUGGCUCCAAUGGUUGACGAUGCUCUCUCGAAAAGCUGCGUCCUCGUCGGCGGGGAUGGAGGGAGGGCGAGGCUUCCGCUUGGCGAGCAU